GGAUUGUGCUGUUUCAUUUUUCAAUUGGGAUAACCAUUCGAAAGACGUCAAACACCUCUACAUGGCUAGGAAGAAAGGUGCAAAGGGCUUAAAUCAACAAAAGCAAUUAAAAGAUGAGAUUGAAGCCGAGAUGAACAACAUCAGCUAUCAGCGACAACACCGGGACACUCGUUUCGUAAAGCGAAGUUUUAUCGAGUCGCUAUUCAGCGAGAAUAGCCCUCCAAAGUUGCGUAAUAGUCUUCGAGCAGAUAUCGCAGCAAGCAAAGACGAUGAUGCGCUAUCACAUAUAGAUGUGACGAAUCUCGAAAAAUUUGUCAGUGGUAGAGCAGCCAAGCUCUACUGUGUGCUACUUUUACUCGACCGGUCUCAACUGAUUGUAGCUCUUUCACACGCAAAUCCUCCCAUAACGGACGAUAUAUUCGACAAAAUGCACGGUGAUUUUGGACCAUAUUGCUCUUUAGAGUUCCUGCAGAAUUGUCCAGACCUUCACCAUAUUGCGGAAGAUGUUUUCAAACACCAAUGGUGCAUACCUCCUAUCUUUCGACCAGAAGCUCACGGGAAAUAUGAAGCGGCAUGGGACCUACGGUUCCCUUUUCUAACUGAGCCUAAGAGGAUUGGAGGAGGAAGUUUUGGCGAGGUGUUCAAAGUUCAAGUUGCGGAUGAGCAUCUAGACGCAGAGGGCUAUAUUCCGGGUCAAGUCAUAGCUUACAAGGCAGUCAAAAAAGGGCAUGAAACGAGAUGGGACAGAAUGCUGAGCGAGAGAGAAACGGUCCGCUCGAGGCGACACGAUGGCAUCAUCCAAUUGUUUGCUAGCUUCUCUGCAGGAGCAGAAGAUCCACCAGUCGAGGACGAUACCACAGAGUACCUGCAUCUUUUCUUUCCUCAUACGGACGCAGGAGACAUGAAAUCAUGGCUCGACUUGCGGAAGCCACCCGAUGGGCUCUCUGAAGACAAAAUCCGUCAAAAGUUCAUUUACAGAUCGAUUCAGAACCUUGCAUCAGCAGUCGCCUUCAUUCAUCGUGAGAUCAAGACUCAAAUAGCAUACCACCAUGAUCUCAAACCCAGCAACAUCUUACUCUUCGAGCGGAACCCUCAAGAGUCGACAUGGAAGAUAUGUGAUUUUGGGCAUGCAGCUCUCAAGGAUUCCGAAGGUACAAGUGGAACAGCUCAUACUGAUGAGAACAGAUUUGGCUCUUACGUUUAUCGACCACCAGAGUAUUUUGUAGGACCAAGCAAGCAUGGUCGAACGUUCGAUAUUUAUUCGCUAGCCUGCAUCUUCCUCAACCUGAUGACCGUAGCGAAACAUGGCUGGACUGACGAUGGGUAUAGAGAAUUCGAGCGGCGCAGAGGUGCUAAUGAAGACCACCCUUUGAAAGUUCCAAAAACCGUUAUGACUGACUAUUCAUUCCACAACAACCCCGCAGUAGUCGCGUCUUGGAUCGAGGGUCUGAAAAAGGGAGAAAACGAUCAACGCUUCUAUGGACUUCUGGAAAUUAUUGAGGAAAUGCUACAAGAAAAGGACCAGCGAAUUUUCUCGUGGGAGGUUGAUGUCGAUAUUUUCGUGCUGUUGAAUCCCUGCGUAGGCGAGAAGGGAUUUCGUGAGCGGCUCGAGCAUGUUGUGCAAGCAUCUAAAACUUCUCUCAGUUUGAUUGAUAACAAGCAUAAUCCACUGCAGAGGGCAGUGAGAAAAAAACAGUACUGGAAGAUUAGUAUUCUCAAACGGAUGAUGUGGUCCAAUUGGAAACCCGAGGCGAUGGUUAAAACGCGACCAGGUUCAAAAAUGGCCGAACGGUGUUAUUCUACUCUGGGUGAUUUUGCGUAUACCCAGGACUACGUGCAGAAUCCUUUGUACGGUCGACACAAUGUCGACAAGAAGAUUGCAGCCGGUUUCGCGAGAUCGAAAAUCAUCGGACUUCAUGGAAUCAGCGGAAUUGGGAAAUCACACCUGGCGCACCAUUAUGCGUCACACUUCAGAAAUACCAAGGUGGCUGAGCACAGAAUCCACACAUUCUGGGUUGAAGCCGGAAAUCGUCACAAGCUACUAGAAUCGUUGCGCAAGAUUGCUGAAAAGGUGCACGGCGCGGUCUUCGAACCCGACUCAGCGAUCGAUAUCGUAAGAACGUGGCUUUUGAAUAAGGACAACGGUCCCUGGCUUAUCGUACUCGACGGUCUUAACAGUGAAGAGUUCGCAUCGUCUAUUAAAGCAUUCAUGCCUGUACUUGAACCGAGCCAUGCAGGUCAGAUACUAAUUACUACGACGAACCGAGGUCUUUUGAAACACUUCGUCAAGCUCAAGCCCUCUGAAGGCCAAUGUAUCGAGGUUGACAACUUGAGGGAACAAGAAUCUCUGGAUCUCUUCCGUUGGUACAACGAAGAUGUGCUCACCGAUGAAGAGAUGAGCAAGUUUCUUUCCAAGGUCGCACUACCGGUUUUCAUCAAGAUGCUUGCUAAUCAUAUGCUCGAGUUUAAAAUACCUAUGUCAGACAUGUAUCAGCAUUUGACCACUAAGCGAGCAGAAUUUCCAGAUCUCGUGAACCAACUAUUCGAUGAAAAUCACGACAUUUUUAGGCCUCUUGUUACUGCACGCUGUGACGAGAAGAGACCGAUCAGAGGAUUGACGAACCCGACCCUGAAGUUACUAGGCGAGCUUUCGUGCCUCAACAAUGCUCGUAUAGAGUCCGAGCUGAUAGAGACACAAUUCGAGGAGAAAGACCGUGACAAGCUCGCAGUAAUGCUUGGUAGGUUGGAGAACUGUUCCUUCAUAGGGAAAGACAACGACAGAAAUUAUUUCAUGCAUGAAUUCGUGCAGCGCGAAGUUCGGAGGAGAAUUAAGAAACAAUGGGAUGUUGCGACCCUGAUAAGACUCCAUGGAUCUGCUCUCUGCAUGCUCUAUGUCCGCUAUCGCGAUGACAAAGCUCAAUGGAAAGAGUUAGACGACAAUCACCAACGCACGUAUCAUCUGAAGCUGCGAUUCAUACCACAUUUCGAACGUUUCUUGGACUUUGUGAAGGAGCAUCCAAAGAGCAAGAGUUUUGCUGGAUUUGAACUUCAAGAUAGGAUGGUUGCGUCUGUUAUUACUUUUGCUCAAGUCUUCAUGGAAGAGGGUCGCUAUGAGGAUGCAUCAUGCGUAUUGGAAUUCACUCACAGGUUGUAUAGACAACGGACCUAUCGGUACGAACUUAUCCGUCUGCUCGUGCAAGCACAUACUCUUCCACCCCUCGCCAGGGCCAGGAAGAGCGAGUGGUUAAAGUCCGAGACACUUUUGAAAGACUCGAUUCAAGAGUGUGAACAAGAGCACAUGAGCAAAGAAAGAUGGUUAUGCGCGCUCGCCUUGUCCGAUUUAUACGCACGAGCGCGACACCCCGCGAAAGCUCUGAAUCAGCUCAAAUCGUUGCAAGACUGCUCGUUGACUAUCAAGAGAGGUGUCCCAGAAAUAAUCAAGCGUGGAAACCCGAAAUUGGACGAGGAUACAGCGCGCAUUCUUGCAGUGAAUCGGCGCAUUGGAGAAGCUAAGGCAUUCUUACUGCAUGCUAGGCUCUUGAAAGCAGAUCAUGCUGGCGGCAAGAGAACUGAUUAUCUCAAGAAGGCCGAAAAUGCGUUCGAAGAGGCGAAAACAGCUGUUAGUGACUGGUUCCGUGAUCAAGCCGAAUGGAUUCAAAUAGAAGAAGGGCUGGGCAGUGUCUUCUGUGAGUGUGGAACGCAGGAGGACCUGAGGAAGGCAGACGACAUUUUUCGGAAACUGAACUCUCGACUUGAAAAAGAAUUCAACGCCCCCGAGCGCUCAUUGAGCCAGAAGAAGUUAUGGGAUGUCCGAUGUAGAACGGCCGCUGUGUGGCUCAAGACAGGUUUCACGGUAUCAGCAGACGCGGCCGUGAAGAGACUUGAAGAAGCCCUCCAACACUACGAGAAAUGUUACGGCCCUAAAAACGAUCAUACACGUACUUGCGCUUAUCAUCUGAGAGAUGUAAUUAGCAGAACUGACUCCCAGAGAGCCAAAGAGUUGCAGAAAAUAUAUGAACUGAAUAUGGUGAAUUUCGAAGAUCCAUUCCUGGAUGAUGGCAACGAAAAUGGGAAGCUGUCACUCUGGACGAUUGUUGAAUACGUCUUAUUUGGUUCGAUGCUGCUUUAUCUGUGCAAUUCCUGCGGCUUAGUCAGUGAUCUGGGGUUCUUGGACGUACGAAAGAGGAUGGCUGGACGUGGAGUCGUAUGA